AUGUCCGAUAGCAUGGGAUUCCCGCCGGGAAAUCCCUCUGGAAAACCACCAGACCCGACUACCACAUUAUUCCCUUCAAUACAGGAGGCAUAUGUUGCUUCGUCCUCGAAGGACAUAAAGACGACUCCUCACCCGAUCGGACCACAUCCGCCGGGCCCUGCGGACGCUGCUGGCGGAGUAGUAAUUUGGGUCGCCCCCAUCUUGAAGAACAAAAGAGGAAGGCCUAGGAAGUACGGCCCUGACGGCUCGGUGGCUGCUAAAGCCCUCUCACCCAUGCCGAUUUCAUCCUCGGCGUCGCCGCCGGUGAUCGAAUUCUUCGCCGCCGAGAAACGAGGGAAGGUUCGGUCUGUCACCUUGCCUGCUAAAGUGCCAGAGCCUCUCAGAGUGGAGUAUGAUGGUUUGGGUAAACGAAAUGGAAUAUACAGGAUCGCGUAUGAACGAAUUGGCUGCUCCUUGGCUGAUACUGCUUCUAGCCCAGCAUAUAUGGAUUACCUAUCUGCGGCUGCUUCUAACGUUGUGCCAACUAUUUUACAGAUGACUGUGAUAAGUGAUGAAGAAGUAGCAAGUGUACAUCCUAGGCACAACAGGAGGAGGGGACAUGUCAACAAAAUAAAGGAAAUGUACUGCGACUUGUUUCUAACCGCCCACUUUGAAGCCCCCUUCGAGAUGUUCUCCUUGGCGAUGGAGGCUAAGCGGAGAGGGAUGGGAGUCGUGGCGUCCACACAAAACAUCCUAGACUUCAUCAAAGAGAGGUUGCAAGAAGCCUUGGACAGGAAAAUCGACAAUCAUCUUCAGUACUUUACCGGUCUUUUAACACCAUGGAAAGGCAUUCUCCUUUUUGGCCCCCUUGGGACUGGAAAGGAUUCAAAGAGAAAGGAAGACCCGGUGGCACGUCGAGCCAGCGACAAAAAGGAUUUGCUCAAAUCCCAUGCUCAAUUUGAAGGGUUCGAUUUUCAGAGGAACAAAAGGGUCGCCAUGGGCCUAUCGUACUGGAUUGUGCAGCACGAUGCCACCAUUAAAGGGUCCAAGAGGAAGCCCCAUAUUCGCCUGACUUUCUUCUGA